ACAGAACUGACCAGUAUGACAGGAAGCAAGCUGUAUCCAAGAAGUGCAAUGCGUCGGACAGCGAGACGAUGGGAUGGAUUGAAAGCCAGCUGAGGAAGAUCGAUCAUAUGAGCCUAGCAGUCACUAAAAAUGUUGAACAGCUUAAAACGCAAUUUCAUGAGAUCAAGACUCUGCGUGAUGAUGUUGUCCUACAUUUCAAGGAGGUAGAGAACACCGGGGAUACUGUUAAUGAACCACAGGAAGUUCAAGAGGAACUGCAUCAGGAGGUCACACACAAUGUCACCACAUCACCAACCGCUACGACAACCUGAAUGGAAAGAUUGACGCGCUUCUGUACGAGCUCCAGGAUGCCCUGGCCAAUAGCACCAGUGUCCAAGAGAACAUGGACAUGCUGCUGAAACGGCUUGAUGAGUCUGAACGCAAUGUUCACCAUAUGAUAGAGAAGGGGACCUUGAUUGCUGUGAAGCAGGAUCAACUUCUUGAGAAUCUGCAGGAGCAAAAGGUCAUCAUGUCCGACAUUGUGAACCACCAAACAGCCUUUGAUGCUGCAACAUCCCAAGCCUCUCUGCUCAUCCAAUCCAGUGAACCUCAGGAGGCAUGCCAGUUACAGGCUGACUUAGACUCCAUAAAUGAGCGAUACACCAAGUUGGACACUAGGACCAAGGACCACGGCAUCUAUCUUGAGAACCUGAGCCGCAGACUAUCCAAUUUUGAGGCCGAGUUGGAGAAUCUGGAGCAUUGGCUGUUGCCCUCUGGUCAUGAACUAGAUUCUAACCAGAUCCCACAGCUACCUCUCAUUGAGUUUGUCAAUAAUUGGAGGGUAAUGGCAAGCCCAGAGAGGGAACAGCAGUACAGUCUGGAGACGGUGAGUGCAAGGAGGAAGUUAACGGACAAGUACUGUUAUUGGGUGGAAUGAGACAUUUUGAUGAAAAUAAAAAGUAUAAACAU